GAUACAAACAUGGCGCUGAUGAAGUUAGUUUCACCUCAUACGCUAGUGUAUUUAUCAAUAUUUCUAUGUAUUCUUGUGGAUUUAGGAUACUCUGAAGAUGUCCCCUACACAUUUGAAGGAGAAUCGCCAGAGCCCAUUGUCAUAAUAGAUGAUCAUAACAUUUACAAAAGAGCAGUCGGCACAAAUGACACCAACAACAUUAACAACGGAGUGACAACUGAAGGGCCACCUACAACUGCAGGUCCAAAUGUUCCCCCUGUUCCAACAACGGCAGCUCCAGCUCCACCGACAACAGCAGCACCUGUUCCUACCACAAAGGCGCCCUCUGGUGGAGGUGUCACAACUGAACCAACGACACCGUUAACAACAAUCAAAAUUGACGACCACAAAUACUACCACUCCCAGAUCUUGCCCCCGGAGUAUGUAGAGGACCACUGGGUAGAGCAGAAGGAUGCUGUCAAACACAAAACACUGUCCGACAACUACAGAGUCGCUGUCAGUGUACAGAUGAGUUUCAAAUUCCGCUUUUAUGGUCAUGAGAUAAAUUCGGUUACCAUAGCAACAGGAGGUUUUCUUUACAUGAGUCCUUUUCUGCAUAAAUGGCUGACAGCGACACAGUACAUAGCGCCAUUGAUGGGAAAUUUUGAUACCAACCUUGGAAACACAUCAGAAAUUCUAUACAAGGACUACAAGGACAUGUUUAUCGUGGAAUGGAGUGAUAUAUACCUACAGGACCAGAACCACACGAAUCCAUUUGUAUUCCAAACACAGCUGUAUGACAAUGGCACAAUAAAAUUUAUAUACAAAAAGCUCCCCCUGGCUAUCGCGGAGAUCAACAGAUCGAGCCAUCCAGUCAAAAUUGGUCUCUCAGACGCUUACUACAUUGACUCAUCCGUCAACGGUAAAAACCGAAGAACAAUUUACGAGUACCACAGAGUGGAAGUGGACACCUCCCUGGUUAGGGAGGGCACUGUCAUCAUCCUACAUCCCAAGAAAACCUGUAACCUACUUACGGACUGUGAUACAUGUGUGACUGAUAAACUCGGGUUUGACUGUAAAUGGUGUGGCGAGAUACAGCGGUGCUCCGACGGAGUCGACUGGAACAGACAGAGCUGGCGUGACAAGGGAUGUACGACAAAGGCUGGCAAUGCUAACUGUGAUCUACUCAACAACAAGAAUAAAGAUUUGUCCCUAGGCAUUGUGAUAGCAGUGAUUGUGUUACUACUGAUCCUGAUAGGGAGUAUCGGAGGCUGGGUGUUCUACGCCUACAGGAAUCCAACGUCCUCCUCGGGAAUGUGGCUCAUGGAGCACCGUCCAAGCCAGAUGAAACAGAAAAUGGCAAAAAUGAAAUUUUGGAAGAAAACAACAUCAACAGGAGAAAAAUAUGAAAUACGAUCAGAGGCCGAAGCCUAGAGGUCAUGUGACAAGGAAGACAGCCAAUCAGAGACUUGAGAACUUCAACAUUCACAGCAUCUAUAUUUUGUCCUAUUCAGACACAUUUACAAUGUAAUACCUGCGGUUUUUGUGGACAGUUAUAUAUCAUAAUCUUACAAUCCUUUUAAGCCUGGGGUCAAAAGGUCCAAGUAGUUUGGAAAAUAUAUAUUGACAAAAAAUCAUAAAUAGCAUUGAUGCCAACCAAUUAAUGAAGAGUUUAUUGUGUUGGGCUUAGAGUAAUGACACUGUCUGCUAUAAAAGCUGUCAUUAACCAGACAGGUAAUGCGAUCUGUAGCACUGCGAAUCAGGAAUACACUCAGUGGAAUGGUUAUGAUCUAUAACAAACACAAACACCUGGGUCCUGGGAUUUAGGUUUGGUUAGCUUAAUGUCUCUCUAUGAAAGAUCUUUUGUCAAUGUCCACAUGAAAUAAUGAAGAACUUAGAAGUUCAAAAUUGCUACAGUGUGGAAUGUUGUUAUUGUUCAGGAUUCACAAUGUAUCGUUGACUAAAAGAUGAAAGAUCAGUUGAGUCAUGAACAGAUUUGUUUAUUUAUGAGUAAGUUCACCAUGCAGUGAAGAUUUUCUGUAUUGAUCGUUAAGCUAACCAUACAGUUAAAUCCUAAGCCCACAAGUACUGUAACAUGAUUUAAUGUCACUGUGAAUUGAUUCAGGAUUUUUUUUUUUGGAACAAGAAAAAAUUCCAUCCAAGGAUUGUGAUAUAAAACAAGUAAUCCCUUGUGUCCACGUGUAAGACAUUAUGGAAGAUUGUGUUUUGUUUUUUUGGUAAGCAAGUGUCCUACAUUCAUGUCACAUGUUGUUUGUCAGUUUAUACCGCUGAUCUACAUUUGCAUGCAGAAUACUUGCAAGAGUUGUCUGCAGUGUGCUUGUUAGCACGUUACAACCCCACAUAUGCGUUACUCUAAAUCCGUACGGUACAUGCACUUUGUAACUCUAUGCAUUUGCCAAUUUUUUAAUUGAACUCGCAAUGUAUCUUAUUUGUAAUUUACAUUUUAUCCAGUCACAGAUACAAAUUUAAAUAUAGCAAUGUCUUUAAUUAGAUUUUUAACCAGUGACAGGCAUGAACGCCUCUAUUUUACAUGGGAAAGCAAUCUCUUAAGCUGCUCAUUAUAGCACAUGUUCACGGAGUAUCUAGUAGUUAAGAGUCGUUUCAGGGAUGGUAUCAUAAAAUGUAUUCUGCAGUUGAAAAAUAUCCAUGUUUAAAUAAAUGGGGACUUAUGUGUCAGGGACAAGUCUUAUUACAUAGAGAAAUAGAGACAUCUUCGGAAUUUAUUGGUCACUAAGCUCGUAAAAAGUUACAAUUUAUUUAACAUUCGGAGGGAUCAAUGUGACAUUUCCCUCAAGCAAUGCACAGUAAUUCCAUCACACACAUCUUUUGUGUUGCAUUUGAUUUUGAUAUUAAUUACUGUUAAAUUAAACAAAAGACCUAUGUGCCUUCCAUGCAUUGAUAGGUAACAAGUAAAUCGUAAAUUUUUCUCCGAGUUCAGUGUUUUAAAUCAUGAUCACAACAUCAACACUAGAAAUGUACGGGAUUAUUUAGAGACACCUGUUUUGUAGUAAUGUAUAUACAUAUAAAUAUACAUAUAUAUUUAUAAAUGACACAUGCAUGAGAGUGUGGGUGUACUUCGUUGUUUUAUUGAAUCUUCAGAAUAAGCGAAUUGCUUACAUAUCGGAGGGGAGAAUUAAAUCGUGUGACACCUGUCUGUGUGGCAAUGUCACAUGUCCAGUUUAUGGUUAUGUUCAUGGUAUGACACCUAUAAAACUUUUCUGCAUGUAACCUGAUUAUCUCCCCUUUCUAUGGUCCUGUCUGGUAAUGCCCAUAACUCAAAGCUAUCUGUGAUGAUCUGAGGAUGGUCUAAUAGAAAUGAUAUGAUAGAUUUCAUUUAUCCAUUAUCAAAUUUCACAGAACGAAAAUAUUUUCUGAAAAUUGUAAUUUUCUGUAAACUCCAUCUCUGUGUACCGUUGGCCAUUUAGGUGCCAGAUUUUACAUUCUUAUCAUUGAAAGUAUUUGUCAACGGAAAAAAGUGAUCUAAGAAAAAAUAUGAUCUAAAUUUUGUUUUCAAUAAUAUAUUUUUUUCAAGCUGGAAAAAUUGUGAUUUACAAAAGAUCGUUUUCUUUGUAUAAAAUUUAAGAUUGGCUGUAUAUCUGUGAUAAAAUACAAACAAUCAUACCUUAAAAAUUACAUUGAACUUGAAGUCUGGAAACUUUGAAGGCUUGAGAAAGGCAUAACAAGGGUCCACUGAGUAUAAAUGUAUUUCAAAGAGUGUGCGUUAGUAUGUGAUCAUUAUAUAAAGGUCUGUAGGACCAGGCUAGAGGACAGCAAAGGUGCUGGACAAGUUUACUGGUGUUCCUUGGUUGGAUAAUUAAGUCUAGUUUUGUGUCUCAUGGGGGACCAGAUAUAGGAGAGGUUUCAUGUUAAGCCUUGUCGAGGACCAGACAUUGAAGAGGUUUCAUGGUGUGUCUCAUCGAGGACCAGACAUUGGAGAGGUUUUGUGGUGUGUCUCAUCAAGAACCAGAUGUUGGACAUGUAAAAUGGUGUGUCUCGAUGAAUAUCAGACAUUUGACAAGUUUUGUGGUGUGUCUCGUUAAGGACAAGACGUUGGGAGAGGUUUAGUCAUGUGUCUCAUUGAGGCCUAGACUUUGGAGAGGUUUUGUGGUGUGUCCCAUUGAGGACCAGACGUUGGGAGAGUUUUUUUGGUGUUUCAUCGAGGACCAGAUGUUGGAGAGGUUUAGUCAUAUGUCUCGUCAAGGACCAGACAUGGGAGAAGUUUUGUGGUGUGUCUGGUCAACGACCAGACGUUGGAGAGGUUUAGUUAUGUGUCUCGUUGAGACCCAGACUUUUGAGAGGUUUUGUGGUGUGUCUCGUCGACGACCAGACGUUGGAGAGGUUUAGUUAUGUGUCUCGUUGAGACCCAGACUUUUGAGAGGUUUUGUGGCGUGUCUCGUCGACGACCAGACGUUGGAGAGGGUUAGUUAUGUGUCUCGUUGUGGCCCAGACUUUGUAGAGGUUUUGUGGUGUGUCUCGUCGACGACCCGACGUUGGAGAGGUUUAGUUAUGUGUCUCGUUGUGACCCAGACUUUGGAGAGGUUUUGUGGUGUGUCUCGUCGACGACCGGACGUUGGAGAGGUUUAGUUAUGUGUCUCGUUGUGGCCCAGACUUCGGAGGGAGAGGUUUAGUGGUGUACAACGUCACUGUGAUAUCAUUGUUUGUAGAUGUAUGGUUGUUAUUAUUUGUACAGUAUCUAAAAUGAUUUAUGUGUUACCAUGAGUUACGUUAGAGCGUGAAUCAGUUUUAACUAUCCCAGAUGACUAACAAUAAGUUAAAUUAACUUAAAUUAGCAUACAAGGGAGGACCCAACGAAUGGCAGAAAUACUCAAUGCUGAAGGAGAGAUUACGUAGAGUUUGAUUAUUCUUUUUGUUUUUAAAAUGGCAAUUUUGUAAGUAUCAGGUAGAUUAAAAAGCAGAUAAAGAUUAUUACCAAAGUAUUGAGAUGAAUAUAUUCGCUAGAAUAUACAGGUAAUUUUACCACCGAGUAUUAUUUUUUUUAUACUGAAAUCUCGAUUCACUGACAUUGUUACUUUUUACGUCAAAUUUCUUUUAGAUUUUUAACAGAAGUGCUUGCAAAGUUAUUUCGUGUUUUCGAAUAAUUAAUUGUCACAUUACAAAUGUAUGUAGAAUGAGGGCUUGUUUAUAUGCCUGUUGAACCAAAUGAAAAGGUUUGAGAGAAAAUUUUCACCUCAAGAAAUCUGCAACAAAUUUCAAAAGUGUCCUAUAUAUUACCAUGGCGACAAUGUUACUAUGGCUACAAGAAUCAUUCCUGUAGCUGCAAUUGAAUGUAGGUUCACCAUUUUAGUAGAAGUGGUUAUGAAUACCGAAAUUAUCUACAUUUUUAUGCCUAAAUAUUUUCUUCAUUUUUUCUGUGAAUUGAAUCUCCACAUUGAAUCAAAUUUGUCUUUUUUUAAUUGUAUUUCUCAAUUUGCAUAAUACAUAUAUACAUCAUAUUAUGGUACUAUUGUCUGAAUUGUGCAAUUUCAGUAACAUGUGACAUUUAAGAAAUCUCGAAUUUGUUUCAACUGUUUUUAUUAGCACAGCAUCAAAUUUACUCAGCCCCUAUUUUACCUGUUUUGUUUGUGGUGUGAUCUGUUUUACAUGAAUUUAUGACCUAUUUGCUAACCCCUGUUCGUGACGACCUCUCACCUUUGACCCCUUUGUUUGACUUUUGUCAGGUAAAUGAUGUACAUUUCACUACAAGAAAUAUUUAUGAAUCACCAAGGUAAACAUUUUUGUUUCCUAUUUUUUCUGCAAUUUUGUUUAUUGUAUUUUAUUUUAUAUUCAAUUCAAAAGUAUACAUAUCAGAAUUUCAGAGGCACUGUUACUGUCAUUACACCAGCACUGAUGUCAGGAGUGUACCCAAGGUUCACAGACUGACAAACUGUACCAGCACUGAUGUCAGGAGUGUACCUGUGGUUCACGGGCUGACAUACUGUACCAUCACUGAUGUCAGGAGUGUACCCAAGGUUCACAGACUGACAAACUGUACCAGCACUGAUGUCAGGAGUGUACCCAAGGUUCACAGACUGACAAACUGUACCAGUACUGAUGUCAGGAGUGUACCUGUGGUUCACGGGCUGACAUACUGUACCAUCACUGAUGUCAGAAGUGUACCAAACGUUUAUGGACUGACAUACUGUACCAGCACUGAUGUCAGGAGUGUACCUGUGGUUCACUGGCUGACAUACUGUACCAGUAUUGAUGCCAGAAGUGUACCAAACGUUUAUGAGCUGACAUACUGUACCAGCACUGAUGUCAGGAGUGUACCUGUGGUUUACUGGCUGACAUACUGUACCAGUAUUGAUGCCAGAAGUGUACCAAACGUUUAUGAGCUGACAUACUGUACCAGCACUGAUGAUAGAAGUGUACAUGUGGUUCAUAGGCUGACAUUCUCUACCAUCACUGAUGUCAGAAGUGUACCAAACAUUUAUGAGCUGACAUACUGUACCAUCACUGAUGUCAGAAGUGUACCAAACGUUUAUGGGCUGAACAUAUUGACCAGUACUGAUGUCAGGAGUGAACCCAGGGUUCACGGGCUGACAUACUGUACCACAAGAAUUUACUUGCAUUUAAACUUUUUGAACUUUGUCAGAUUGUGUCAGAUCGUGUCAGAUUGAGACUUUUUAAAUCUGUCUUAACGUUUAACAUUUUGAAAAUUUUCAUAUAUAUUAUUCAUACAGAUAGUGAAGAUUGUACUUCAAAUCAUUGAACAAAUCAAAUACAAAAUGCCAGAGUAUCACUAUUCUUAUAUUCUAUUUCAGCGAAGAACCAUUAUCGACAUAUUGCCACAACCUAUUAACCCUUACAGAAGUAGAAUGGUCUUUUCUCCCACCUCUAUAGUGUGAAAGAUUCUUGUAACCCAUGUGAGGCAACUCUAGCCUACAUAGGUCACCCAGUGACCUCUAGCUCUGGAAAUAUAUCAUUCUAAUUAAUUCUGUCUGAUCGGUAUGUUUUUCCAGUUGUCCAGUAUUUUGUUAGCUGAUGAUCUAAAAUGUGACCUCAUUUUAAUCAACAGGUGAUGUAUUUAUCAGAGUUUGAUAUGCAGUAGAAAAUCUAGCGACAAAAGUCAAUCGAUAUCUGAAAUGACGUUGUGGGAACAAAUAGCUUUUAAAACAAGCUUUUGUCGACUUCUUUCAAGUAUACUUUCACAUUACCAUACUUUGUUCUGCUCUUUUCAAUUGUAGGUUAAUGAGUAUUUUAUCUAGAAGACCUUCUGUACUGUACACCUGCAUCAGUAAUGUAAAUAUUGAUUUAAACCAAAAUAGAGGUGGGAGAAACAAAUCCAUCAUAAUACAAGCUAGGGGAGAUAAAAGUACCCUCGGGAAAAGAAUUUAGUUUGUCAAGGUUUUGACUUAAAAUUCUACACAGGAGAGUCGAUUUUCCAUAUGCACCAUACAUAAUGGUUCACUAUAUACAUUUCUUAUUAGAGCUGUCUGGACAUUUUUUAUGAAACAAAAAAUUGAAUUAUUUUGAAAAAAAAAAUCAUAGUUCAACGGAGAUAACUCUCCUACAAAUGUUGCAGACAGUUUUGGUGUACAUCAUAAGUAACUGUGUCUCGGAGGCCAUGAACAACAUUAAUCUCAGGCUACGAUGUGAAUCGUGGUGUGCAUGGGUUGUAUAUAGUAAUUCCAUCAUAUUUAUCAUCAGUGUUGGGUGUGUAUUUCAUCAGAUGUUAUUUUUAUAAUGUGUUGGCUAUAUUUCAAUUCAUCUUUUCAAGUACAUGUGUAUACAGUUCGUUAAAGUUUGUUACUUCAUGCUUCAGGUAAUACUUAUUAUCAUCUGCAGGUCUUUACUUUUCAUGCUACAUAUUAAUGAAACUUUAUGUCUGUUUUCAGGUGUUAACAGAAAUUUGUUUUCCGUGUAAAUUACUGUAUUUGCCAUGUUGAAUACCUGUCUCCCCAAUAAGUCUCUCCUCCCCAUCCCCAUGUGAUGGAAGUAUGUUACACUGUAACACUAGAACUAUUCAGAGUAAUAGAACAGUUGCUGAGAAGAAGGUUAUGUCAA